CCCACCGACAGCCAGACGGACACCAAGCAUCCGGAUGAAGACGUCCAGUUCCAGAGACAUUUGACUCGACGAGUUCACGGCCAGCGGGUCAGGAUUAAAAGAUUAACGAGGACGCAUUAGCUCGGCGCCAAUUAGGAUUCCUCCCCCGACUCGGCUGACUUCUCAUGGCUGAUGAGGAUGGCUUUAAUCCGUGUGUGACUGAGAGGAGGAGCGACAGGCUCCACCUGUCUUCCCUUUUCCGCGGCGGGCUGGCGACUAGAAAGCAGCCGUCAUUUAUUAGCGGUGGUAUGCCGAUACCGGGGGGCCGGCGGCGCGAACCCCCUCGGUCACCGGAUCGGCGGCAGCUGCUCGGCCCCCCGGUGCUAUUUUCACCCUCAGGAUAAAGUGAUGUGCAGCCGCCCGCCCGCCUCCAGCAGCUCCAAUCUGCAGCCAGGAUGAGGUCCACUGCCGGCAGCGCCUCCGACCUGGACAGCUGCAGCGACAGCUCCGACUGGAAGUCCACCGGGGACUGCAGCCCCCGCGGGGAGCCGGAGGAGGAUGGGUGCGGCAGGCGGAGCAGCAGGAGGAUGCGGAGGCGGCGGCGGAGACGCGGCAGCGGCGAGGACGCGUGCGGCGGUGCGAGCAAGCAGCGGCAAGCGGCCAACGCGCGGGAGCGGGACAGGACGCACAGCGUGAACACGGCCUUCACGGCGCUGCGCACGCUCAUUCCCACCGAGCCCGUGGACAGGAAGCUCUCCAAGAUCGAGACGCUGCGCCUGGCCUCCAGCUACAUCUCGCACCUGGCCAACGUGCUGCUGCUCGGGGAGGACUGCCGCGACGCACAGCCGUGCCUCGGCUACCAGAGCGUCCUGCACGGCGCCGCGCCGCUCAACGCGCCCUCGCUGCGGUCCAUCUGCACGUUCUGCCUCGGCAAGCAGAGGAAACUGCUCCGAGAUGGAGGGAAGCACGCCGUGUGAAGGACGGGGAUGGAACCCUCGACCUCCAAGCUGUUUACAUGUUGUUGUACAUAUAUAAAUAUUUUUAUUCUGUGACCAGAGACACAAAUCGACAGUGAAAAAGCACUUUUCUGUUCACGUGGCCGGAGGCUGUGUUUUGGUUGAGCUGUAACAGGAGCCCAUGUGUAGAGUUGCACCUGACGGGGGGCUAUUUUCAUCCUUCAAAUAGUACAAACUUUAACCCCCCCCACGUGAAGUAAACUGAAGAGCAGCGGUUGCUGUCAGUUGAGAGGGGCCAAUGAUGCCUUGAAGGGCCGUCGGACACACGCCGAUUAUUCACUUUAAAGGAGCAUCAGCCGACUCUAGUGGUGAACGGCAGGUACUGUAUGUGGAGUCAAAUCCAGGCCAAGAGUUGUUAGUUUGGAAAAAAGAUUUGAACCUGGUAAUGCAAGUUUUAGGUUUGUGAACAUUGACAAAUUCAUACAAUUGUUUGAAAUAAAUAAGUGUAUGUAUUCA